GUGUUCCCAUCAAAAGUCACGGCUCGGUUUCUCCCAUGGCAACCAAUUUAGUGGGAGGGCGGGAUAAAAAAAUAUUCUCACUCCCAGACUGAAGUUGCAGAACUGACUUUCAAGUGCCAUUAUCAAGAUGAAAAUAUUUGGAUUCACACUUGCCUUGUGUGCAUUACACUAUGUCUGUGGAGAAAAUGCCCACACAGUGUUCCAUGAAGAUCAUUAUGUUGAUGGGAAGCAUAAUCCUGAACAUGAUAUGAAUGCUUUUCUGGGCACUGAGGAUAAAGAAGAGAUUAAAAAGCUGAGUCCUUCAGAGCAGAAGAAAAGACUUGGGGAAAUCAUUAAGAAGAUUGAUGCAGAUUCGAACAAAUAUUUAAGUGCAGAGGAAAUUACUGUGUGGAUUCAGAGGGUGUACAGGAAAUACGCACUGGAUGAUGCAAAAGAGCGCUUUCCAGAUUUCGACACUAACCGAGAUGGGAUUGUUUCCUGGGACGAGUAUAACAUGGUUAUGCAUGACCACUUAGUUGUAGUGGAUGAAAACACCAUUCUCGAAGACCCUGAGGAAGAAUCCCUCAGAUAUUUACACUUAAAGGAGAAGAGACGUUUUGACUUUGCUGAUGUGGACGGCUCACCUGGCCUGAACUUGACUGAGUUUCUUGCCUUCACUCACCCUUCAGAAGUGGACCACAUGGCUGAUUUUGCCAUUGAGGAUGUGCUGGUUGAAUAUGACACAGAUCGAGAUGGAUUCAUCAGUUUGAAAGAGUUCAUUGGAGAUCUUCGCCCCGAUGGAGGUGACCCAUCGCAGUGGGAGAUAGAAGAGACAGUGCGCUUCAAGGACCUGUACGAUCAGGACGGAGACGGCAAACUGAACAAGGAAGAGCAGCUGCGCUGGGUGGCUCCCAACAGCUACGGCUCCGCCCGUGAGGAGGCCAUUCAUUUGAUCAAGGAGAUGGAUGGGAAUGGGGAUGGUACGCUGUCAGAGUCCGAGAUUUUGAAAGACCAAGAAACGUUCAUGAACAGUGAAGUGACAGAUUAUGGAAGGCAGCUUCAUACGUCUCAUGAUGAAUUGUAGCAUUUCAUUUUACAAAUACAUUUUUUUUUUUUCAAAAAAAAUUGUGCAGUGAAUGUUUUUUCUCAACUCAUCGUUCCACAUUAGUAAUGAAAAACAGUUGAAGAUGGCUUGUGUCACCAAAUUACCAAAAUGACUUUCACCAACUGUUUCACACAGGCAGAUCAUGUGUCUAAUUUGUCAGGAUUAGAAUACACAAUGAGAAGCAAAUUGUUGAAGUGUUUAGUGGUCCUAUUGGUCAGCCUGAUGCUCUGCCUUUGAGCAUAUUCCUUUUCUCUGGGCUAAGCUCAAUAAUCACAUCCUUGUCCAUCCAUGUCUUUCAAAGUCUGUCCUCUGUAUAUGUUAGUAAGCGUGUCCACCUUAUUAGAAUUCUCAUCCACCUGCUGUACUUUGACAACAAAAGUAUUGGUUGACUUAUUAGUCAGGCAAUUGUCAGAAUACCUCCAUAAUUGUUUUGAAUAAAAGCAGUAAUUAUUGACUUGUUCAUGAAA